GGUGACACAGGUGAUCAGAGUUGAGGGCAUUUUUCCCAAACAUUCCUCUGAGGGAGUGGACCCCCAUUCAGGCCGAGCCUCGGUCCAUUGUCGCCACCAAACACCGAGAAAGUCUCGCUGAAAUCAGAGCAGGCGGCAGCAGGUGUCAGUAACCCAACACGGUGAAGUGAAGUCCGCCGCAACCGGUUCGACGUCUCUGCGGGAUGAAGGGGAAGUGAAGCUGUGACUCUGAAGCUCGGUGAUCUGCUGUUGUUGUUCUGUAACCCGGCGAGUUUCUGUCCGUCUGUGUUCACUGCGGCCGCGCUGAGCAUGAAUAUGUUCAGAAGAGAUAAAGGCUCCCCAGCUCCAGCUCCAGCGGUCCCACCUCGACCCAGCAAGGAGGAUCUAGACAAUCCCAUCACACACAGCCAGAACAAACCAGAUGAAGCCACAGACUCGCAGGAGAACGACAGCGAGAUCACGAGCGAGCUCAAUCCAAAGACCAAGAGGACCGGGAUGAUGGGCGUAAUGCAGAAGGUCAACCCCUUCAAGUCCACCUCGCAGGCCUCCUCUACAGUCAGCAAAGCUCCUUCGUCAGAGUCACUAGAGCGAGGAUCCGACUCCACACAGAACCCUGGAAUGCUGAAGGGAGUCAUGCAGAAGGUCAACCCGUUCAAGUCUACCUCCCAGGUCUCUAAAGCUCCAUCUUCAGAGUCGCUGGAGGAGGGACGAGCCCCCGACUCCAGUCAGAGGACUGGGGUGAUGGGCGUAAUGCAGAAGGUCAACCCCUUCAAGUCCACCUCGCAGGCCUCCUCUACAGUCAACAAAGCUCCUUCAUCAGAGUCACUAGAGCGAGGAUCCGACUCCACACAGAACCCUGGUGUGUUGAAAGGAGUGAUGCAGAAGGUCAACCCAUUCAAGUCUACCUCCCAGGUGCCAAAGAGCGAUCCUCCGCAUGAUUCUGCAGAUUCAUCCGAGACGGACAAAGAACCUCAAACAGGCAAACAGCAUCCGGGGGUGAUGGCGGGAAUGAUGCAGAAAGUCAACCCAUUCAAAUCCUCACAGCCAAAGCCUCUACACAACGACCUCUCCUCCAGUAGCGGAAGCCUGGAGGACAAUAACAACCUGCCGGAGAAGCAGAGCGCCAGUGUGUUCAAAGGGAUGAUGCAGAAAGUAAACCCCUUCAGGUCGUACACACAGAUGCCAGAUGAGGAAUGUCGGUCAGACACUUCGGUUCCAGAUUCAGCUUCCUCAUUCAAGUCGCAGGAAAACAAAACUAUUCAAAGCGAGCACUCCACCAGCUCUGAAAGCUUGGACGACAGCACCAUAGAGAGACAUUCCAUUUGGUAUACUGAUGCUGACACGAGCUGUGAGGUGAAGAGCCAACCAACAGGGGCACCGAAGAAAAGAACGAUGACUUUCAGAAUAAAGAGGAUUCUGCCUGGUGCGUUUUUUGGGUCUGGAUCAAAGGAUUCUGCAGCAGCUUCCCAGGAAACUGUGGAAGUUCAGACCCUAGAGCUGGCUGAAGUGCCCGUGCCUGGUGAAGGAACACUGCUGGACCCUCUAGACGACGAGGACGGCCUUUUAGCGUGGUGGAAAACAGCAGAGGGCUGGGACGAGUGGAAUGAGGCUAAUCAGGAUGAUGAAGCUGAAGAAGUCGUGGGAGAAGCAGCCGAUCGUGUCUUCAUGGCGGCUCGUCUUUUCGUCCGCUUUUUCAACCAGCGUGGCGCCUCCCUCCAGCAGCGUAUCCUGGAGCUGCUCGCUUUGGCCGACUCGGCUGACACGUUCCACAAGAAGACCGUCACCGCCAGUGUCGGAGGCGGAGUAGCCAGCGUCGCGGGGUCCGUCACCACCAUUACCGGCCUCAUCCUGGCGCCCUUCACUGCAGGGACGUCGCUCAUCGUCACAGCCGUUGGCAUCGGCGUGGCUACGGCAGGUGGGCUGGCAUCGGCUUCAGCCAACAUCACGGACACGGUCCAUUCAAAGACGGACCGGAAGAAGGUGGAGAAGAUGAUCCAAGAUUACCAGGAGGAGAUAAAGGACAUCAAGGAGUGCCUGGACUUUCUGCAGGCAGGGAUGGAGAUGCUUGAAGAGUGGAACUUUGAGCAGUACGCUGACAGCAUCUCAAAGAAUCACCUCAACCAGAACGUCAAACACGUCAUGAAGGAGGGCGGCCGGGCUGGCAAGGCUUUACUGAUCAACACCGAGAGCCUAAUUAGCACCGUUCAGGUACUCAGUGUCGCAGGUGGCGCCGCUAAAGCUGCCCAGGUGAUUAGCGUUACCACUGGAGUUAUGUCAGGACUCUUUCUGGCUCUCGAUGUCUUUUUCCUGGCCAAAGACUCCAUGGAGCUCAAAAAGGGCGCAAAGACAGACUUCGCCAACAAGAUCAGAGAAGUUUGCAAAGAACUGCAGGACGGGCUGCUGGAGCUGAACCGCAUCAAGGAAGAGCUGCAGAAAACCAUGGAUGGGAUAGAAGUGGAGGUAGAGGAGGAAGAGGAUGAAGAGCUGCUGAAGUCUGAAUUGAAGAAGCUUGUCGAGCUUGAAGAAUGAAGGAUAACCGUUAGAAAAUCAAACCAAAGUCUCAUCAUCUUAAUCCAAUCAGCACAAACAUACUUUGGGUGCAUUAAAAAUGUUUUUAGCUGUAGUGGGAUUGUAGUUUUGCUUCAAUCAAUUACUAUUGUAACUUUGUCUUCCAAAAGCUUUUCUUAGUAAUAUAUUUAUAUUAAAGUAGAGAUUUUUAAGUAAAUGUACGGAACAAAAAAUUGUUUUGUCUGUCUCUUUUUUCAAAUUAAUGUUCUUUAAUAAAAGUACAUUUCUGCUUA